UUAUUAAGGUUUAUUGUUUUCAUUUUGAUAUUUUAAAAAUAUAAUACAUAUUUUUAUAAUCAUUAAAUAAAUUUGGCAAAUGGAAGCACAAAUUUUAAAGAAACUUGGAUUGCAGAACCACAAGAACUUAUUAGAGAAAACUACAGAGUUACUUCGUCUAUUACAAAUAAAAUCUUCGGGAUUAUCAGGUAUUGACGAUUACGCUAAAAUAAGUAUUUGUGUGGACUUAGCAACAUCAUUGCUAGGAAUAUCUACAGAUUUGCUGGAUAUAAUAAAACAAUCUGGCUUAAAAAAAACUGUUUACGAAAAGUAUAAAAGAAAUAUUGAAAAAAUUCUUAAUCUAAACAAACCAUUAAGAAUUAGCGAAAUUUGUGUUCAUUUAAAUUGCAAUGAAGUCUCCGAGAAGGCUACAAAUUUACUUAAUAUGUACGAAGAUCACAUCAACAAAAGUAACGACAACGAUAUUGAUUUAUCACAUCCACAAUAUGCUGCAAUGGCAGUAUUUCAAGCUUGUAAAUUAAAUAAAGUUAAAAUAAUAAAAGCCAAAAUAUUAGGAUUUAGUCAUUUGAGGCCGUCACAGUGGACACGAUUAGAACAACAAUGGGAUAAGUUUAUAACAGAAUAUAACGAUUUGCUAAAAAAAUCCAGUUGUAAACCAAAGAGUGUAACUCAAGUUGUCAGUGAAAGUAAAGAAAUAAAUAGUCAAACACAAGACCGUGCCAAUAAAGCAGAGAUUGAAGAUUAUGAGACUUGGAAAGCUAGGAUUAUUAAUAAAGCGAAAGAAGACCUUAAGCAAAUGAAAUUGGGACAUAUGAAUAAAGAUGUUGAAUCCGUAAAUUUUGAUGAUUCGUUAUAGACAUAAACUUUUAAAUUU